GAUUUCACGGAUUGGAAUAGACCGUGGCAUGAGGACCGUAUCGUUCCACAGACCAUUGCACACAAUGGUACCUAGGGCCGGUGUACGCAGUCACUUAUCAAGCAUUAGACCAAAUAUUCAUCUCAUUUCAAAAAGAACAGUAAAAACCCCAACCAUUGAUUGGACCCCAAUGAAGUCAACGACUUCGGAUAUCAGGCUUAAGUCGGAACAAGCAAAGACUCCAAUAUUGCGUAAGUUCUUUUUGGGUUUAAUGAUCGCUAUGCCUGUGAUUAGUUUUUUCCUUGGAUGUUGGCAGGUUAAACGUUUGAAUUGGAAGGUGGACCUUAUUGCAAAAUGUGAAGACUUAUUGGCUGCUCCACCUUUGGAGAAAUUACCACCAAACAUUGAUCCUGAAGUUAUCAAAGAUUUUGAAUUCAGAAGAUUUAAAGUUAAAGGGCAUUUUGAUUAUUCUCAAGAAAUGUUUUUGGGUCCUAGAAUGAGAAAUUCGGUUCUUGGAUACUUGGUUAUAACUCCAUUCAUAAGGUCUGAUGGAGGGGAUCCAAUCUUGGUUGAAAGAGGUUGGAUAUCCAAAGAUAAAGUUAUUCCUGAAACUCGUUCAAAAGGUUACUUAUCUCAUUUAGCUCUACCCCAAGGGGAAGUUGAAAUCCAUGCUCUUUUCAGAGUUAUGCCUAAAAGAUCAAAUUUACAAUACGAACAUACUCCAGGUGAUAAAUUGUUUUACAUACCUGAUGUUGAAGCAAUGGCAAAGCAGUCGGGAUCCUUACCAAUUUAUAGUCAAGUCAUUUAUAGCUUGAAAGAUCAUCCUGAUUGGAAAGGUCCCGAACAAGUGAAUGAUGAUAAAAAAUCGGUUUGGCAGAAAUUAGCUGGUAAAAUAAAACCAAAGUCUGAAAAAAGUAACGAAGUUUCUACGCUUCUUGGUAAUGAAUCCGAUGAUGAUCAAACUCUACAGUAUCAAGAAUUCGAAUUCAUAGAUCAAGGGGUUCCAGUUGGUGCUGUUCCAAAAGUCAAUUUCACCAAUAAUCACUUACAGUAUUUAGUUACUUGGUUUGGUCUUUCUUUUGCAAGUACCGGAUUAUUAAUCUAUAGUUUCUGGAAAAAUAGACAAUUCUCCAGUGCUGAUAAAAUAAUUGCUGCUAAACGUAAAGACAUGCACAAAAAAUUCUAACUUUAGCUGUUUAAAUUUGUAUAUAUCGGUUUAUUUAAUUUAUGUUAUAUAGUGUUCAAUUGCGACUUAUUAAGCCAAAAAGUAC